UGGUCAUAGGUCAAGUUUUUUAGAAAGAUUUUUAAAUUUUUAAAAAAAAAACUUCUCAUAAAUUUGUCUUAGAAUCUAACAAUUAUUGAACUUUCGAUGAUAUAUUGUUUUAUAUUAAGACCCACAUAUUAAGAUAUUAAGACAGUAAUCUUAAGACUUAGUAUCUCAUACUUUUCUGGAACAUUUCAUUGUAUAACUAUAAAUUUGACAUAUUAUAAUGAUAUAGUUGUAAAAGUGUCUUAAUCUGUCAAAAUUAUCAUAUGUCAUAUAAAGAAAAAAAAAAUAUUUAUGAUUCUCUGUUUUUGCACCCAUGCACUUAACUGGAAAGGAGUUCAAAUAAACUAGCAACAGGAGCUGGUGUGUGAUGGUUACCAUAGAAACUACAACAAACAAUGCCGACAAACGCACGGGUGACACUUUGCCACGGACCUUAUAAUUCCAAUGGAGUAGUAAAGCACAGGACUUCCCGCCUGCAGGGUCUCCAGGCCGCUCUGAGAGCACGCGGGCACCAGUGCGUCUUGGAGGAAACGCGCGAGUGGAACAUGGUGGAGCUCGUGGUAAACGGGGAGACCAUCUUCAUCUGUGAUAUCAGGCAGCUGGAGUUCGGUGGAGAUGGUAAAUUGGACCCUGUUUGCAAAGAAGCUGUUACUGCUGUGGAGAAUGCCCACUGAAGAUAACAGAAUCCCACUCAGCUUUUAAAUAAAAAAUGCAAAAUACAUUCAGUGCCAGUCAAAAGUUUGGACACACCUAAUGAGAAAGUGUGUCCAAACUUUUGACUGUAUGUGCAUUAAAAGGUUUUUUUCUUAUUCGCCAAAACAAUCUUUUCAAGCUACAUGAUCUUUAUUGCAGUUUUAUUUGUAUUGUUAAAUUAAUUCACAGGUGUACUGGUGGAAGGCUGGAUUAACAGCUAGUCCUAGUGGGCCACUGCCUCGGGGCCAGAGACCUGCAGGGACCCCAAAACUUCCCGCAGCAACUUGGUCCUAUAAGAUAAUUUUCUGGGCCAGUCUUGUAGAAGGAGCCUGUGUGAAAAUUUGGUUUGAACACAUUUAUUUAUUUUGGGCAUACAUGGUGCAUAUUCUUAAGUUUUGUUUAUGUAAACAACAAACAAACAAGCACACAAGAAACCUAGCAUACUGGUUUAUUUUUGUUUUUCUUGGCAAAUAAUGAAUCUGCCACAUGUAGUCCGCUGCAGGAUUAAUUGCAAUAACUUUGGUGAUCCCUUAACUUUUACAAUUUUAAUUUGUCCAAUGCUUUGGUUUAUGACCAAACACCUAGACAACUAAUGUCAUUCCUUUCAGCCUAACCUGUACUUUGUUAAUUAGCAAAUGUUAGCAUGCUAACAUGUUACAGUGAGAUGGUGAACAUUGUAUACUGGCUAAAACAUAGCAUGUUCGCAUUCAGCUCAAAGAGCUGCUAGCAUGGCUGUAGAAUCUUAUUCAUGCUUUUUUUACAAAUAAACCGUAAAUUAUCUGCAACUAAACAUCACAACCAAAGCACGUUGUUAAACAUAUUUUAUUGCAUAUGUCAUUAUUCCAAGUAAAGUGCAGCUCCAACAAGUUUUGUAUGUUCCAGUACAUUUUUUUUUCAUUAAUAAACUAACACAUGUAAAAACAUUAGAUAUGUAAAUUUAUGUUUGGGUAUGGCUUAUAGUUAAAUCUCCCAGCUACAAGGUAAGCUACAGUACAGCUGAACAAUAAGCAUAAUUUAAAGUAGCGUUUCAAAGCACAGAGGUAACUAAUAUCAAUCCUGUUUAAUACCUAGGGGUUUAAAUGUGACAACGAAGCGUCAGUAUUGCUCUCAAAGCAUCCAAGACUUUGCUGUGUUUUUGUGUGUGUGCAUCCUUCAGCCUCCAAAGACGAAGCUGAGCCUUAUGUCCUAAGUAGAAAACACUGCUGCAAGUCUCUGUGCCAGCUGGCUCAUGUCUCCUGAUGAAGUGAGGUGUGACAAUAAAUACAGACUCCUCCACUAACAGCUAAGAUAGCCAAAGCAAAUACAGGCACUAAACCUACUGAUGUGUUAAAUUUCAGGAACAGUCUUCAUACCUGUGAUAUGUAUAAUUCACAUUAAUUAUAAGUACACCAGUGUGGUGUUUAUUGUGCGUCUUGUAGCAUCAACUAUUCAUCUACAAAAUCAAUACAAUACAAAUCAAUACUACUAAUACUAUUCAGCAUAGCAGUAAUGGAGGUAUCUACUGUACUAAAGCUACUGCAAUAACAAUGAUUGUCAGGAAUCUUAGUUUUAUUAUUAUUAGGGCUACUAAGAGUGCACUAUUGCUACUUCACCACUCAUCUACAGUAUAGUAGCUGCUAAAGAGACAGUUCUGUGACUGAAUGAUUUUAUUUACUGUCUGUAUAAUAUUUUGCAAGGAAUGUUUAUUUUGAAACAGAGAUGUUGGAGGUGUAGCACCCUUUCGAGGAUAAAAAUCUUUGUGGUGACUGUGCUUAUUCUGUAAAAGCCUUCAUAAAGGCCCCUUGCUGAGUAGUGUUGAUUGAAUAAAGUGCAGAUUCUCCCUGUAAAGCCAGGAUCAGACAGGAAAAUAGCUCGACCCACCAACUGUAACCAUUUAUUUUUCUUUUCUUAUCUGAAUCCAGGGUUUAAGGAUUGUAAAGCCAUUUGAGGCAAACUUGUGAUUUUGAAUUAUAUAAAUAAAAGUGACUUGCCUUCACUUGACACGGGGUAUGGCCAGGGAACGAAAACCAUUGCCAAGCGCAAUAAUUUGUCAUUCUAUCCCAUGUAGUGCGUCACAGUGGAAAACAAAUGAUUCUGCAUUUAGGAGACUUUGUAAGGCCCUGACAGAGUGAGUGUGAGUUUGACAAUUUCUUGUCUCCUCUCGCCUAGUUUGAUAACAUCUAGGAUGUCUUCCGUGGCACUUCUGACACUAUAGUAGUCGCAGGUCAUGAAAGACAUAAAUGUUGAGUAGUCUGAUUCAGGCAUAAGUCAGUCAGUGUGACAGAGUUAUCUUUCACAUAAGGUAAAAAGGGGUAAAAUAAUGUUCACUAAAAACAUUAGGCUAUGCUCCAGAUUGUCUCAAAUUUAAAAGAGCUCUGCCUCUUUCCCACAUCAAGACUUAAAAUUGCCCAUGGUUAUUGGAGAUGAAACUGCACC